ACCCUUUUUCUUUUUCGCUUUAUAUUUCCCGCCCUCUGGAAUCGAAGUUUCGCUCGCGAUACACCCUCGUAACCCUAAACGCGAUUUCGAUUAUUGGUCGGCGAUAUUCGAUAGCAACGAUAUUUGAUCGGUCGAAAGCGUAACGUCAGGGUGGUGGAGAGAGCGAUAGUAAAGGAAAACGGGGCUAAGAAGAGGGGUGAAAGAGAAGAGAGAUUUGGAUGGGCUGUUUCGUGCUACGAGAGGGGGCUGGUGCAUAGGAGACGGGAGAGAGAGGCGAUAUCUCGACAGGGACAGGAGUGGAGUGCGUGCGAACGAGUAAGGACGGCCGUGCUCGCCUUUCGUCGGCGUUUCGUAUGAGUGCGUGAGUGCGUGCGUGAGUGCGUCCUCACAAGCAGAUACUUUCGAUUUCCAACGAUUGGCGAACCUUUGCCGGGUACAACGUUGCACUAGGAAGCGGACAUGAUAGUUAUCAUAGAGUGAAACACUACGUGUACGAUACAUCGAAUCGUGCUACUCGUUCCUUUCGAUUUUGUGCGCAGUGUGCAUGUGUGUAUGCGUGUGCUUUUCUCACGACAGGUGCCUUUUUUUGGAUUAUUCUUUAUUAAACUUGCUUCAGAUUUCAUAUAUAUAUAUAUAUAUAUACAUACAGUCGUAUAGAAUCAAUGGCUAUUUCUAUUAUUUGCAUCAUGGCUCCUUGAUAACGAGUAUCUAUCGAGAAUAUUUUUUUUCUUCAAAGUAAAAGGAAAAAUGAUAUAAAUUAUUCCCGGCUGAACGAAACGUGUCUUCUGUCAACGUGCGCGUGCGAUCGUACAUAUGUGUCAAAGACAUCGAUUUUACAUCGAACGUUCGCAGCUGCUCAUGUUCUUUGUUGCUAGAAGAAUUUGUGCCAACAGUAUGAACACUAAAUAUUGCGUGUGAAGAAAAAAAUAUUUAUAUUGACAAGUAGAGAAUCGAAACGAGCCGAAGGGGAUUGUGGUGUCGCGUAAACUCGGGCGCGCGUUUGCGAACGCGCCCAUCGCGCGUCCAACAUGGCUACCACCAGCAACACGACGACAAGCGCCGGUGAAACGAACGGCAGUAACGUGCCACAAUGGAAAAGAGACUUAAUACAGCGUCGUAGGCAACAAAACAAAGUUCUCGCGAGUAACGGGGCCAGUGUGAAGCUAUGUUCCGCAGUAAUUGGCUCGUCGACGACAACAACGGGUGGAACAACAGAAUUCAUUGAUUCGACCGGUGUUCAAGAACAGUGUAUAGCCGGCAAUGUGUCAUCGAGAACGCGGACGACGAGCAGCGGAGAAGAUAGUGUGAACAUGGUGAAUAUAUCGAGUGUUAACGGUAGUAGUGGUGGAAGCGCCAUAGCUGGUGUCGUAUCAUCUUCGCCGUUUUUCUCAAGAGGACCGGCGUGUGGCGCCAUCGUCAGCAGCGGAACAACCGCCACCACGGACGUUGCCUCGACAGUCGCGUGCAACAUGCGUCUCGAAGUGGAUCUUUCGUUCUGCUCCGACUCGGAGGAUGUUGCGAACGAUACGAUGAGUAAAUCGUCGACGGACAUGGAACGAAAAUCGGAACAAGGUGACGGUUUGGAAAUCGAAGAGUCCAAGCAGGACGGAAGCAGUGAUUUGUUGUCAAAUUGCGACGAGCAUCGUGGUUGUAGAAGCAACAAAGUGGAGAGAGAUCUUCUCGCGGAUUUGGCGAAAAUGAAAACUGGUAAAAUCGAAACAGAAAUGGCGAGGAAUCGAGAGGCGAGUGACGACGGUGAAAGCGACAGUUCGGAAGAGCUGCAAUACGGACCGGGAAUAGUGAAUAAACUGAAGAGCAAAUAUCUUAACCUCACUCUCAAAGAGAUGAACAAGAAUCGCGUCUCGGUGCAACGUUUUAGACGCGCGGCGAGUCUCGAGGAUCUUUUGGAUUGUGAUGAGGAACACGGGGAGAAAAACGUGAGAAAAUACACGAAACGAACGACCAAUGGUGCUGCCGCGAAAACCGACAGGUAUAGAAACGCUUCCCGCGGCAAUGAAUCGAUGAAACGAGCACGAAGCGUCGAAACGUUAUUGAGGUACAAUGGGGCGGAUGAAGUUGGCAGUACCCACGGUGUAUCCCACGGUCGUGCCACCACGACGAAUGGUUUGAUGAAACAGGAACCGGUCAACGAUCAUAUUAUCUUGAUCGAUCGUAACCCGGUGAAAAUAGAAAGUCGAUUGAGCGAGCUUGACAGGCCGAAACCCGUGAACAAACCGAAGAGGAUCAAACCGUUGCUGGCGGAAACGGAAAGACCGCCACCGGAUCUAGUCAAGACGACGAUGAGGAUCUUCGAGGGAUCCGCGAGGAAGCUGAAACCAAAAGGCGAAGUUGCCGCGAAAGUGGCCACGUUCAAAACGAUCAACGACACGUUUAAGGCGCAGACACAGAAGAAGGUAGGGCCGAAACCACCCAUUCAACCUAAACCAUUCGUAAACGGGAAUUCCAGGCCGGUUCCAACUUCCCCGAAGAAGAUCGUGUUGCCGCAGAAACCCACGGCGGAGUUGAUCGAGACUCAGGACGGCCAGGAAGAGUAUCACAUCGACGGCGUGAUCACGGAUCCCAUAGUGCAGUCGGUGUCCUCGGUGGUCAGCAAGUUCCAGCAGAUCGAGAAGUCGCAUUCCCCGUCCCCGUCGCCCGAGCCAUCCUUCAAAUUGAAAUUCUCACCCGCGCCCAGUCCCGAGCCUCAAUUAAGUAAAUUAAAAUCCUCUCUGGAGAUCAGCAUCAAAUCACCGCCCGUAACGCCCGUUCUUUCCCCCAGAAUAUCCUCGCCCAGAUUGCAGAGCCCUUCGUCCCCGAUGAAGGACACGCUUAGGCAGAGCUCGCCGCGCGUGCACAGCCCCCCAUCCCCGUUGAAGGAUCUGACCAGACAGAAUUCCAGUCCCGUCCACAAACCGCCUCCGAGUCCCAGCAGGGAGUUGUUCAGACAAACGUCCAUGCCCGACAAUGGAAAGUUGUCGCGGCAGCAACAAAUCGAGGAAAACGGGAACAUAGUGAGCAUCGUGGAACAUCCGAGGCAGCAACAACCUACGGAGAGGAUACAGAGUCCGAUUGAACGAGAGAAGAUCGAGGAUAAGUCGCCGAUCGACAACGCGAAUCACAGCGACGAUGAGCACGAGCGAGAGGAAAUUGAUGGGCCGAAGACGAUCUCGAAAACGGCGUUGGAGAAUAUCGCGAGAACAGGCGUCACCAUGCAAUUUUGCUUUAGCGAUAAACCGAUAUCCAACAAGAGUUACUUGCCUGGAUUCAAGCAGAAUGGGCAGAAACCAAUGGACGAGCAAAAUCAAUCGGAUACACGAACAGAAACGAAGUUGUCGUCGCUGGAAUCCCGGGGCAAGUCGUUUUUGUCCGGAGGUUCCGCGAACGUUGUAACGGAUCAAGAGACAGUCUCCAGGCUGCAAGAGAGAUUAGAGUUGGACAACAAGAACGACAGGAAGAACGAGGAUGUUAAGGAGGAGACGGAGACCAAAGCGAACGUUGAAACGAAACCAAUCGGUGCUAUCUGCAGUCUGGGUUUGAUCAAGUCCUCGACCAACAGUUCGUAUCCGCAGGGGAACGAGUCGAAGACGAUAAGAUGCCAAAAGACCGAAUCCCCUCCCCAGAAACAGAUAGGGAUAAUCAGACCUCUCGUAUCCACCAAGACGCAACAUCCUCAGCAAAAUUUGAGCAAUCGAGAGUUGGAGAAGAAUCUGAUUAAUCGAGUGAAGAGCAUAGAACAACCGACCAAGGUAGUGGUUAGCUUGAAGAGCGCGGACGAAAUUCAACCUGCUAAAAAGUCGAAUUCAAGUGGCGCCGGAUUAUGGGAGACGAAACCUUGGAACCAGCAAAACAACACCAUGGUGUUCAAUUUCAGUAACCGGAAGGAGGUGCCCGAUUAUAUCGAGAACGAUGGACUCAUCAUUAAGAAGAAACGGGAGAAGCCGAAGGUCGGCGACGGUGGUAUCAUAGUGUUGGAUGCCACGUUGGACGCGUCGACGACCGACGAUGCUGAAUGGGAGCUGAGCGGUGGUCCACCGUCCCCUUGCGACGUGUCGUUCUGCAACGACAAUGUCCUCAUCAAUGGGCGCAGCAAUCUCUCGAGGACACCGAGAAAUCACAAGCAUCGAAUACAAUUUGAUGACACGGCUACCCGUACCUUCGAAUAUCCAAGCGAGGCAUCGAUGCUGGAGGGUGAGAGCAGUGUGGAUGGCGAAACUUCCGGUUCCGUCGAGCAAUCAACUCCGAUCAGUAAUAAAACGUCCUCGACCAAUUCGGCUACCGGCAUGUCAACCCUACUCGGUGGUGGUGGUGGCCUAGCCAGUUAUACUCCUAGCAAAGUCGACUUGACAUCAGAAGGAUUCGAAUUGGGCGUAACCAGAGCGAUGUCCUCGAAUUUGGUGACAACCUCGACAUCAUCGUGCCCGAUAACCACGACAACAUCCCAACCGGAGAACGAAACCGAAGUGGAUUACCUGAAACCGGCUCAAGACGCGGGUGCAUGGGGUUCCGAAACGACUGGUGAUCUGCUCUACUGACAUGACUGAAAAAAGGCGAGGAAGAUACGCGUGAAGCGAGAAAUAUAUUGCUAAAAGCUCAAAGCUCUCGAAUUAGAGCGAGGAAUCUAAAAAUUCCGACUAACUACUCAGAAGACUAAUUGACAAAAAAAAAAAAAGAAAAAGAAAAAAAAGAAUUUUUCUUUCCUUUUUUUCGUAGGCACGAAAGGAAGAGUCUUUUAUAGAAAAACGAAUGAUUAUUAUAGGGAAAGAAAAGAAAAAUAAUGUUCGAGGUUUUUUCGAGCGCUCUCGAACGAACGUCAAUGCGACGAUUGCUCACCUUACGAUUAUAAGAGAAGCUGUAACUUUUCAAGAAAUGCAUCAUGCGACGCAUUCACGAUUGAGAUAAAUUAUAUUUACAUAGGAUAGUUCGGUGUCGUAAGAACUGUGCGCAAUACUCUUUCAAUUACAAGGAAUGAAUCAAAA